AUGAGAGGAACAGUUGUAAAACGACUUGGACCUGUUUCUUACCUGGUAAAUGAUGGUGUGAGAGAACGCACAGUUCACAUUGAUCACCUGUUACUCUUGCAUGAAAAAGCUGUGGAUGACAACAGCUCAAGUGAUGAUGCUUACCUGACACCAGAUCUGGAUUCACUACACCCAAGAAGCAGCAUCCAGGAGGCAGAACGGAGGAUUGCUACUCCAGCACCAUCUCACUCUCUGGUGAAACCUGCAACUCUCCCUGAAAGACUCAGCCCUGCAUCCUGUACACACUCUUCAGCCCAGUACAGCAGUACACCAGUGAAACCAGCAGAGCCAGUGGCUGUCUCAGUCACCACCCAACAAACUGAGCGCCGCUAUCCAGAGCGUCUGCGGGCUCCACCCAAAAGACUGACUUUUUGA